AAGCCCAUGUGACUACGUGAGGCCCACUAUUACAGUGGCCUCUGCUCGUAAAAGGCCCAAACAGUAAUUCGUCAUGGUGAGUGCAUUGAACUCAAUCUUCCAACAAUGGGAAAUACAGGCACCGCAGAAUUCCUGGAAUAUCAGCGGCGACCCAUGCAACGGAGCUGCUCAGAGCCUAUACGAUUCGAACAAUCCGGCCAUCGCAUGUGAUUGCUCCUUCAACAGUGCUACUACCUGCCACAUCACCGGACUGAAAGUGGUUGGACUAAACAGACGAGGGGGGAUGCCGGCGGAGCUUUUGGCUUUCAAAUUCUUAACCGUUCUGGAUCUCAGGCUAAAUUACCUCACCGGUCCCUUGCCGGCAUGGAUUGGGAAUUUAUCUACAUUGCAGCGCUUGUCUAUUUGCAUCAAUGCAUUCUUUGGGCCCAUUCCUAAGGAGCUUGGAAAUCUUAAGGAGCUAACUUAUCUGUAAGACUUGAAGAAAUUCUACUUUGUCAUCAUAAUGCAUCAUUUUUUUUUAUUUCUUUUUUAUCUGCCAUUGUAAUGCAUCGAAUGGUUCUGUUCUACCACAUACAUUUAGCCUCUAGGUUACAUCAUGCAAAAGUUUGGUUCUUGGUUAUUAUGAAGGUGCCUUUCUUAUAAAAUGAAAUAUCAAUU